GUCAAAACAAUUGCCUCGAGCGGCAGCCAUCAUGGAUUUAAAGGGGCAGUACCGGCAAGAGCGGCAGCCAGACCGGCAGAUUGCAGACCGGGCAAGGUCCCCCAGGCCAGGAUGUCAGGCCUGGUGUUGGGGCAGCGGGAUGAGCCUGCAGGCCACCGGCUCAGCCAAGAGGAGAUCCUGGGGAGCACACGGCUGGUCAGCCAAGGGCUAGAGGCCCUGCACAGUGAACACCAGGCCGUGCUGCAAAGCCUGUCCCAGACCAUUGAGUGUCUGCAGCAGGGAGGCCACGAGGAAGGGCUGGUGCAUGAGAAGGCCCGGCAGCUUCGCCGUUCUAUGGAAAACAUUGAGCUCGGGCUGAGUGAGGCCCAGGUGAUGCUGGCUCUAGCCAGCCACCUGAGCACAGUGGAGUCGGAGAAACAGAAGCUGCGGGCUCAGGUGCGGCGGCUAUGCCAGGAGAACCAGUGGCUGCGGGACGAGCUGGCUGGCACCCAGCAGCGGCUACAGCGCAGUGAACAGGCUGUGGCUCAGCUGGAGGAGGAAAAGAAGCACCUGGAGUUCCUGGGACAGCUGCGACAGUAUGAUGAGGAUGGACACACCACGGAGGAGAAAGAAGGCGAUGCCACCAAGGAUUCCCUGGAUGACCUCUUCCCUAAUGAGGAGGAAGAGGACCCCAGCAAUGGCUGUGAGUCUGCCUCGGGAAUGGGAUGGUGAAAAGGGGCAGCAGGAGGCUGGCCCUACCCCUCGAGGAAAAGAACCAGCCCCCUUACUGUCCACACCAGGCUUCCUAUCUCCUCAUGGAGGUCCCCAGUCCUUAAAUGUACUCAGUCCUCCCAAAGGGAAGGAGGGAAGAAGAAGGCUUGCAGGCAGAGUUCAGGGUAACUCCUGUCACUUUUGUCUUCUUCCAGGGACCAGAAUAAGUAUAAGGAAGCUGCCCACCUGCUGAAUGAUGCCCUCAGCAUCCGGGAGAGCACCCUGGGCCCUGAUCAUCCUGCUGUGGCUGCCACACUCAACAAUUUGGCUGUGCUCUAUGGCAAAAGGGGCAAAUACAAGGAGGCAGAGCCUCUGUGCCAGCGGGCACUGGAGAUUCGAGAAAAGGUCCUGGGCACUAAUCACCCAGAUGUGGCAAAGCAGCUGAACAACCUGGCCCUCUUGUGCCAAAACCAGGGCAAGUAUGAGGCGGUGGAACGCUACUACCAGCGAGCACUGGCCAUCUACGAGGGGCAGCUGGGGCCAGACAACCCUAAUGUAGCCCGGACCAAGAACAACCUGGCUUCCUGUUACCUGAAACAGGGCAAAUAUGCUGAGGCUGAGACACUAUACAAAGAGAUCCUGACCCGUGCCCAUGUGCAGGAGUUUGGGUCUGUGGAUGAUGACCACAAGCCCAUCUGGAUGCAUGCAGAGGAGCGGGAGGAAAUGAGCAAAAGCCGGCACCAUGAGGGUGGCACACCCUAUGCUGAGUAUGGAGGCUGGUACAAGGCCUGCAAAGUGAGCAGCCCCACCGUGAACACUACUCUGAGAAACCUGGGAGCUCUGUAUAGGCGCCAGGGAAAGCUGGAGGCUGCUGAGACCCUGGAGGAAUGUGCCCAGCGGUCCCGGAGACAGGGCACUGACCCUAUCAGUCAGACCAAGGUGGCAGAGCUGCUUGGGGAGAGUGAUGGUAGAAGGACGUCCCAGGAGGGCCCUGGGGACAGUGUGAAAUUCGAGGGAGGUGAAGAUGCUUCUGUGGCUGUGGAAUGGUCCGGGGAUGGCAGUGGGACCCUGCAGAGGAGUGGCUCUCUGGGCAAGAUCCGGGAUGUGCUCCGCAGAAGCAGUGAAAUCCUGGUGAGGAAGCUCCAGGGGACCGAGCCUCGGCCUUCCAGCAGCAACAUGAAGCGAGCAGCCUCCUUGAACUAUCUGAACCAACCUAGUGCAGCACCCCUCCAGGUCUCCCGGGGCCUCAGUGCCAGCUCCAUGGACCUCUCUUCAAGCAGCUGACAUUCAACCCAGUCCCCAGGUCUGCUGGGUCCCCCUACCCCUAUAGCCCUCACAGCAUUCCCCAUUGCUCCUGGCUCUUCCCCACCCCUAGGUGGGACAGUGAAGGGGAGCAGUUUAACCAGAAGAUUGCUGCUGCCCUUAGGGUUUCAGCUCCCUCCUCAGGAAUCCCUCUUAGGAAGGACCCUCAGGACACCCUCUCCGCACCCUGUGGUCCUCUAGAGUAGCUAGCUCUGAGGCCCCCAAGGUGGGUACAAAGCAGGUAUGGCCCUCAGAGAUGCAGCCUGCUGCUGGCUUUUCAGUCAGAGGGUUGAGGGCUGGCCAGCCAAGCUGCCUUGCCUUGGCCGCUCUUAUUCCCUCCCUCUGCUGUCUCACUUCAGGUCCAUGUAUUUCACUUUUCUUAAAUAAAAGAAUCAGGUAACCUUUC